AAUAUUUUGUUUUCAAUCAGUCCGACGGGAUCGAACUCGAAACGUGUUCUCAUUCAAUUCAAUUGUUAGGGAAUAAUUUUUUCUUUCGAAAAUGGCGUGUUCGUGAGUGAUAUUGUGCGUGAACGUGCGUCUGGUGUGAAUAUUUUUGUGAAUGUUUGUGUUUAAUAAAAAGGCUCAAUUAACCAACAACAAUAUCAGUAAAUCACCAUUUACUGUAGAUUCCGGUCAGUCAUGAAGUAAGAAAAUGUUCCAUCUCUUCACCUGCUGCCUGGUGGCGUUAUUACUGACGAAUGCAAAUUGUAAAAAGGUCAAAAGCGUUUCAGACAUCAAUUUCCACUUCACGAAACCUCUGUACAAUGUCAGCAUACCGGAGAACAGUGUGGCGAAUACGUACGCGUCUCCGGCCCCCGGUGAACGAAUUGGCAUUCAAAUUCUUAAAAAGAACGCAUUUUCAGACAUACGAUACAAGAUAGUUAAAGGUGACAAGGACAAAUUUUUCAAGGCAGAAGGACGGCUCGUGGGCGAUUUUUCUUUCCUCUUUAUUCGUAUUAAAGCGGGCAACAACCACGUACUGAAUCGAGAACGGAAAGACAAAUACGUUUUGGAUAUCAAAGCCAUAGCGUCCCAUCCCGAAAACAAACACAAAUCGGUUGAAACUCAAACGGUUGUGGAGAUCACCAUCCUGGACACAAACGAUCUCAGCCCUCUCUUUUAUCCCACAGAUUACAACGUUACAGUUUACGAAGACACACCGCUUCAUCGCAACAUAGUGAAAGUUACAGCCGAAGAUGCGGAUCUCGGACGAAACGGGGAAAUCUAUUACAGUUUUGCUCAUGAAACUGAUCAGUUUGCAAUCCAUCCCAUAACCGGAAUCAUAUCCUUGACGAGGCCGCUUCUUUACAGUGAAACGUCAUACCACGAGUUGAUUGUCAUCGGACAAGACAGAAGCGCAGCUUUAACGUCGUCAAAAUAUUCAAAUUCGAUGGCCAUGAGCAAGGCCACCGUGAGAAUAAGGGUUAGCAAAGUCAAUUUUUACGCUCCCGAAAUCAACGUUCGUAGUCACGCGAAAAUUGUCGAAAAUUCUAUCUCAGAUAUUUACGCAAUAGUUACAGUAACUGACAAAGAUACCGGUAUCCACGGAGAAAUAAAAUCUCUUGAAAUAGUUGGUGGUGAUCCGGAUGGUCACUUCCGAAUAAGACCAUCAUCCCAGAAAGGCGAAUACACCAUAGAAGUCCUUAAACUGUUAGAUCGCGAAAAGACUCCAGCUGGAUACACUUUAGAAUUAAGAGCCGUCGAUCGGGGAAUUCCGCCCAAAGAAACUUAUAAAUCCGUUCGAGUGGUACUGGCUGAUUUGAACGACAAUGCGCCCGUGUUUAAUAAAGAAAUUUAUGAGGUUAAAGUGCCUGAAACAGCUCCCAUCAAUACUCCGUUGAUAAGACUAAAAGUAACGGAUGCGGACGAAGGUAAAAACGCCCGCGUCUACCUAGAAAUAGUUGGAGGUAAUGAAGGGGGUGAGUUCUUCGUCAAUCCCGAAACUGGGAUGUUGUACACAGCUGUCAAUUUGGAUGCGGAGAAAAAGCCUUUCUACAGCUUAACCGUUAGUGCCAUUGACCAAGGGAAUGUAGCUACCAGGAAACAAUCGUCAGCCAAAGUAAAAAUAUACGUGGUUGAUACCAACGAUAACGAUCCCAUAUUCGAAAAUCCAGAAAUGACAGUAUGGAUUAACGAAAAUCAGCCUGCAGGCACCUCCGUUACAACUGUUAGGGCCAAGGAUCAGGAUUCGGGUGAAAACGCUUACAUAUCCUAUUUGAUCGCCAAUCUUGUGGAAGUGCCAUUUGAAAUCGAUCACUUUUCAGGAGUUAUCAGAACCACCACACUCUUAGACUACGAGAGCAUGAGACGGGAAUACGUUCUUCAUUUGCGCGCCUCCGACUGGGGUUUACCCUAUCGGAGACAAACUGAGAUGCAAAUGACGAUCAAAGUGAAAGACAUAAAUGAUAACCGGCCGCAAUUCGAAAGAAUAGAUUGUUCAGGUCACGUUUCUCGUUUUACGCCUGUUGGAACGGAAAUAAUCACGCUGUCAGCAAUCGAUUUUGACGCCGGCAACAUAAUAAGUUACCGGAUAGUUUCUGGAAACGAUGAUGGAUGUUUCUCGAUCGAUCCCACAUCGGGAACCGUUUCUUUGGCUUGCGAUUUAAACAAUGUACCAUCGACUGAAAGAGAAGUGAACGUGACAGCCACCGACGGAACUCAUUUUGCCGACAUAGUGAGAGUCAAUAUUAAACUAGUCAAUACGAAGGGCACUUUCACUGCCAAAAAUCGAAUUCUGCCCUCCGAUACGUUCGAGUGUAAAGAAACCGGCGUGGCCAGACGUUUAACGGAAAUCCUCGCGGCUUCCGAAAACAAUAAUAAGAUCGGAGUCCAGGACGAAUUUCCAAUGAUGCCCACGCGUUACGGGCAAAACAUUCACGUUCCAGAGCUAAUCGACUUUCCGACAGAAAUUAAAGUUAACGAGUCGGUCAGUUUAGGGACUGUUCUAAUUAAAUUAAGUGCGAGCGACAGAGACUUGGGCUACAAUGGUAAAUUGGUUUAUGGAAUCUCAGGAGGCGACGAAGAUUCGGUUUUUUGUAUCGACAUGGACACUGGACGUUUAAAAGUCAUCGGUUAUUUAGAUCGUGAACGUGAAAAUGAGUAUUUUCUCAAUAUAACAGUUUAUGAUUUGGGAAAACCGCAAAAAUCUACAUCGAGAGUACUUAUCAUAACUGUUCUAGAUGUAAACGAUAAUCCACCAAAGUUCGAAAAAUCUCUAGCCAGUUUUAGGGUAACUGAGAACGCUCUGAACGGAACGGUAAUUUUCAAAGCAAAUGCUACCGAUCAGGAUGUGGGAGAUAACGCGAAGAUAACGUAUUCUUUAAUAACUGAUACAAACGAUUUUGUUGUGAAUAAGCGAACAGGUGCCCUUAAAGUUGCCAACGAUCUCGAUAGGGAACGUCAGGAAGUUUAUAAUUUGAGAAUAAGGGCAACCGACGGUGGAAGUAAAGAUCCGGCUUACCCUCGUUUGUAUUCCGAUGCUAUCGUUCGCAUCAUUGUCGAUGAUAUCAACGAUAAUGCUCCAAAGUUCAGUUUACCCAAUUACGUUGUGAAAAUUCGAGAAGAUGUGCCCGUUGGAACCGUUUUAGCUGUUGUUACUGCAUUUGAUCCCGAUUUAGGAGACGAUGGUAAAAUCGUCUACUCUCUCGAAGACAAUGGGGAUGAUAUUUUCAAAAUUGACAAUGUAUCAGGAACCGUAAGGACAACAAAACAUCUGGAUUAUGAAGAGCGACAAGUUCACACAUUUAAAGUGGUCGCUAGGGAUUGUGGAAAUCCACCAUUAUCAUCGGAAACGUUGGUAACCGUAAAUGUUGUAGACGUUAACGAAAAUCUGUUUGCGCCACAUUUUUCCGAUUUCGUUUUUUCGGGAUCUGUGUUAGAGAAUCAACCUGCUGGAACAGUAGUCAUCCAAGUAAACGCCACCGAUCAAGAUCCCGCGGGAGAAGACAGUAGAAUUAAAUACUCUAUCAAAGGAGGAGAUGGAAUUGGAGUGUUUUCCAUUGAUAAUCACGGGACUAUUCGAACCACUUCCAUCCUAGAUAUCGAAACAAAAUCUCACUUUUGGCUCACAGUUUACGCUCAAGAUCAUGGUAUUGUACCUCUAUCUUCCAGUGUUGAGGUCUACAUCGAAGUAUUGAACGAAAAUGACAACGUUCCACUCAGUGAACAAGCAGUCUAUUAUCCGUCUAUCCCUGAGGAUAGUCCAGCUGGGCAUUCCAUAGUCCAGAUUACUGCCUCGGAUAAUGACAUUGACUCAAACCAGAAAAUUUCGUUCAGCAUCAUUUCCGGAAAUCCCAGCGGGUGUUUUGCCAUAAACACAUCAACGGGGUUAAUAACAACCACGAGUAGACGUUUGGAUAGAGAAAACCAAGAGGAGCAUAUUUUGGAAAUUCUUAUAUCGGACAACGGUCGGCCUGUUUUAACAUCGACUACUAGGGUUGUAGUUAAGGUUGAAGACAUCAAUGACAGUAGUCCUGAAUUCGAACAAAGCUUUUAUAAAGUUCAAGUUUCUGCAUCGGAUGAUCCUAAAACCCACAUGCUUCAGACUGAAAACCUUAAGGACGAAAAUGAUAAUACCGUAGUGACUUCUGAAGGCGACCAAUGGGAGAUAUCGUUUUCCGAUGAUCUUUUGGGUUUUAAACCUAUCAUGAGGGUGUUGGCGUUUGAUAAGGAUAUUGGCAUAAAUGGACAACUUCAAUAUACCAUAAAAUCAGGAAAGGAAAAAAGUAGGUUCAGGAUAAAUAAUUCAACCGGUAUUAUAUAUUCCCAAAAGGCACUGGAAGCAGGACAAGAAUAUGAAUUAAAUAUCAGAGCGACUGAUGGCGGAACUCCACCAAGGAGUGCAACAGCUCAUGUAUCAAUAUUGGCUGUUCAAAAUGGAAACAAAAACUCAAAUGCCCCCGUUGUAAAACCUUCAUCAAGGGUCGAAGUUACCGAAAAUGACAAGAUAGGCUUUCUUGUUACCCUUAUUCAAGCUACUGACGAAGACGGCGACGUUUUGUGGUUCGAUAUCGUUGGUGGCGAUCCUCGAUACGAAUUUUACAUAGGUUGUGAUAGUGGUAAUGUUUUAUUAGCCCGGCAACUAGAUCGCGAGGUCCAAAGCGAAUAUACUCUGAACAUCAGCGUCACUGAUUCCUUUACGACCGUAUAUACUCGACUCGACGUUACUGUAAUCGAUAUCAACGAGCACCGUCCAGAAUUUUCUAAACAAUUAUACAAAGCCGAGAUAUCGGAAAACGUAUCCGUCGGAACGGAGCUUCUCCAAUUGCAAGCGACUGAUAAGGACGACGAUAAAAAGCUUAUAUACGGUUUGCACUCUGCAAGAAACGCCGCAUCCCUUAAAACAUUCAAAGUCGACUCUGCGACCGGCCGCAUCACUCUAGCGUCACGUUUGGACAGAGAGACAAUUUCCGAACAUUAUUUAACAGUUGUUGUUAGGGAUGGCGGUACACCAGCAAAACGAAACUAUGCUCGAGUUCUCGUUGUUGUCCAUGAUCAUAAUGAUCACACACCUGUAUUUUCUGAACGGAUUUUGGUCGGUCGAGUAUUCGAAUCGACAGCGGUCGGUAGUGCUGUACUUCGAGCAUACGCUGUGGACGAAGAUCAUGGGGAAAACGGUCGAGUUACAUACUCGAUUACGGGAGGUAAUGUUGGUAACGCGUUUGGUAUCGAUCCGGAAACGGGUGUUAUCCGGAUAACUCGAGAACUCGACGUCUUAGCGGCCAGCGAAUACACCUUGUACAUCCGAGCUAUGGAUCAUGGCAAUCCGAGUUUGGCCUCGUCAAUUCCUGCCCAUAUAACGGUCGCAAUGGCCGAUAACGCUCCACCGCGUUGCGUCGAUGCAGAAGUUGCUGCGGAAGUGUUUGAAGAUAAACCAUUAGGCGGAUAUGUAGCUCAUUUGGAUGUGAAGAGCACGUCUUCAUUACAGUUCGAGAUAAUUAGUGGAAAUGAUGAUAUGGACUUCGCAAUCAGUCCAAGUACAGGUGUUAUCGUUACCGCUAACGAACUCGACUACGAAAGAAACAAAAUCUACAACCUGACGGUCUUAGCAUCAAAUAUGGCAAGUGCUACUGUCAAAUGCCACGUGAUUGUCCAUGUCCUGGACGUAAACGAUAACGCUCCUCGCUUCCUUCAAGCCACUUAUACAGGCUCAAUAAGCGAAGCGGCGGCUAUCGAUUCACUUGUCAUGACCAGUAGCAGUGAACCGUUGGUCAUAAAAGCAAUUGAUGCCGAUUCCGAGACAAAUGCCCUUUUACAAUACGAUAUUAUCGAAUCUUUGCCACAAAGAUACUUCAGCAUAGACGCAAAUACCGGUGCAUUAAAGACGGUCCGUAGUCUCGAUCGCGAAACUUUCGAUCAUUUUACGUUUCACGUUCAAGUGUCCGAUUUGGGCAAACCGCGUCUAUCAUCUGAAACAACGGCCAAAGUUCAUGUGGUCGUAACGGAUGUUAACGAUUGUCCGCCGGAAUUCUCAAAAUCCAUAUAUAACGCCACUGUCCUAUUACCAACAUACAAGGAUGUCACUGUCGUGCAACUGAACGCCACAGAUCGCGACGAAGACUCUAAUAAUCUCAGGUACGACAUAAUUGAUGGAAAUGACGGAAGCUUUGAUAACGAUCCACGUUCCGGUACCAUAACCGUCUCCGAUCCGAACAAUUUAAAACCGUUCCAUCGAAUGCAAGUACGUGUUUCUGACGGUAAACACUCUUCAGUCGUUAAAGUAUACGUGAAAGCAAUCCCUUCGGAAAGUUCGGGUCUUGUAUUCCAAAAAGAAAUGUAUACGGGAACCGUACUGGAAAAUUCGACGAAAGUCUCCACCGUGUGCGUCGUUAAUGUUCUCGGGAAUGAUUUAUACGAACAUGUUGAGUUUCGAAUUUUGAAUCCCACGCAAAUGUUUAAAGUUGGCCUCACGUCCGGAGUUAUUCGUAAUACGGGGAAAAAGUUUGAUCGGGAAAUAAAAGAUCAUUACGAAUUGAUCGUGGAAGCGAUUAGCCGAGUGCCCGAUAGCGAUAAGCCGCGAGUGGCGCACGUUAUGGUCAACGUUACUGUUUUGGACGUUAAUGACAAUUGCCCGAUGUUCGUCAAUCUCCCAUACUAUGCAGUGGUUUCAGUGGACGAUGAAAAGGGAAGCGUCAUCGGCAAAGUCCAUGCCAUCGAUAUGGAUUCGUUUGAAAAUGGAGAGGUUCGCUACGAGUUAAUCAAAGGCCAUGGAGAAUUGUUCAAAGUCCAACGAGAAAGUGGCGAGAUAGAGUUGAAACAAAGUUUGGAAGGACACAAUAGAGAAUACGAGUUGGUCGUGGCAGCUUACGAUAAAGGAAUUCCGCCCUGCAGAACGGAUGUCAAAGUUCACAUCAAAGUCGUUGAUCGAUCGAUGCCCGUUUUCAAGAAACAAUUUUAUUCGGAAGAAGUUGCAGAGAAUGUUGAACUACAUUCACCGCUUUCAGUUCUAAUUCAGGCCGAAUCUCCUCUUGAAAGAAAACUCAUUUACACCAUCGUUAGCGGCAAUGACCAGGAAAAAUUUGCUCUCGAUUUUAACACAGGUUUGCUAUCAGUAAUCGACGAAUUGGACUUCGAAAUGAAGCAACAGUACGAGCUAAUAAUUCGAGCGACGGAUUCUAUUUCCGGAGUUCACGCAGAGGUUCCAGUAUCGAUCGUGGUACAGGAUGUAAACGAUUGUCCUCCAGAAUUCGAUCAAGAAAGCUACAACGUUUCGAUUUCGGAAGCCGCUCCGUUUGGAAGCACAGUUGUAACUGUUUUCGCUAAAGACAAUGACACAGGCAUAAACCGAAAAGUAAAAUAUUCUAUCUUAAACGAUAGGGACAAUUCAACGAACUAUUUUCAUGUCGACGAAGAUGAUGGGACGGUUUAUCUAAAGCAAUCUCUCGACCAUGAGCGAAAAACAUUGCACCAUUUCAUUGUGGUGGCUACUGAUCAAGGAAUGCCAAGUUUGUCCAGCAUCACUCACGUCUGGUUAACAGUUAUUGAUAUGAAUGACAACACUCCGAAAUUCGAACAAUCGUCAUACGUAGCAGGCUUAUCAAUACACGCUCGAAGGGAUCAAUUCGUCACUGCGGUAAAGGCUUUCGAUCCCGAUUCUAUAGACCAAAAGAAUCUUAAAUAUGGCAUAGUAUCUGGCAAUCAACUUCAAACAUUUUCUAUCGAUCCCCGAAAAGGAAUCGUCACGCUCAUAAAUUUAUCCAAUUUCGGUGAUCAAAGGAGUUCGAUUUUAAACGUAUCAGUAUCAGACGGAGUGUACACGAGUUUUGCGAAAUUGAAAGUCGAUCUUUUGGCAGCUAAUUUACACUCUCCGUCGUUUCCGAACGCAGUUGUUGACGCGUUCGUUCCAGAAAAUAAACCCGCGGGACAACUUGUAACCACCGUAAAAGCGAUUGAUGAGGAUUUCGGAGAAUUCGGAACUAUAACUUACUCUAUACAGUCGCAAAUGUUGGAGGAAGUGUUUUCUAUUGAUAAAAAUUCAGGAAAAAUAACGACCACCAAAGCGUUAGACAGAGAAGCGCAAAAAAUUUACGAAGUACCAGUGGUAGCUUCCGAUGGUGGCGGAAAAUUAGGUUUCGUAACCGUCAGAGUCAAAGUACUGGAUGAUAACGAUAAUGCUCCUAAAUUUUAUUUAAAAGAAUAUAAAGCAAGCAUUGACGCAAAUCACAGUUUGGAUAUUUCCUUUUUAAAGGUUCGAGCGUUUGAUUUAGAUGAGGAUGCUGCGGGUGAAAUUGAAUAUUCCAUUUACGACAAGAAAUUGGCAGGUAUUAAUGAUCUGAUUUCGAUAAACCCACGCACUGGGGAACUAUUCCUAAUGAGUAAUGCGCAAAAAUUGACGGGUCGCCUUUUCCAAUUUUUUGUCAGAGCAGCAAAUCCUGGAGGAAGCUCUAUGCAUAAUGACGUGCCAGUUGACAUACUUAUCAAAGAACCUAAUGAAAGUGCACCAAUAUUUGAGAGGAAGGACGAAAAGUUUUUCCUUCCUGAAAACUCGGCUGCAGGAACGAUUAUUACAAGAUUAAAAAUGGCUUCGAACGUUAAAGUAAAUUAUAAAAUCGUUUCAAACUUCAAAUACGAGCAACUGUUUGAUGUCGAUAAAAGUGGUCAAUUAACACUGAUCGGACCUUUAGACUUCGAAUCUCAGCAAUCGCAUGUGAUCGGUGUUGUGGCAGAAACGGAUUCCAGUCCACCGCUUACUUCACUUACCGAAAUAUUUUUGCAAGUUUUAGAUGAAAAUGACCAUUCGCCCCAAUUUGAAAGUAAUCCUUACAUAGUGAAUCUCGCAGAAAAUGUGGACGAAGGCAGUCCAAUACUGAAAGUUGUUGCUAACGACAAAGAUCAAAGAAGUAAUGGCGAAGUCAGGUACAGUUUUAGUUCAGAUUCCGAAGAAACCCUGAACACAUUCGCUAUUGAUCCUUUUUCUGGUACAAUUACGACUUUGGUUGAUCUCGAUAAAGAAUCGGUGUCCGAGUAUAAGUUCCACGUAACUGCAGUAGACAACGGUAGUCCAAAACAUUCGGCAAGGACGACUGUUAUAGUGAAACUGAAAGAUUACAACGACAAUCCUUCCGUUUUUGGCAGCAGAACGUACGAAAGUGAAGUUUUUGAAGACGCUCUCCCUGGCACAGUGAUCCUUACACUUGAUCUGCGAGAUGCUGAUGCUGAUCUGCCUUUUUCCGUGGAAUAUUUCAUUACUUCUGGUGACGAUGGUUCUCAGUUCAGUAUUCGAAACACUGGAGAAUUAUACGUAAUCAAACAACUGGACAGAGAGACCGUUGCCAAUUACACUUUGGAUGUUUUAGUUUCCGACGGAAAAUUUACUGAUAUUACAAAAGUAUAUAUCCAAGUGCUAGAUGUGAACGAUAAUCUACCAUACUGUAUUCACCAUCGAUACAGAAGAACAUUAUCAGAGGGUCUCUUGCCUGAAUCAUUUGUCCUGAAAGUUUUGGCUUAUGACAUCGAUAAAGCGGAAAAUUCAAAGUUAAAGUACAUCUUAACUGGUGAUGGAUCCGAAGAUUUCGUACUACAUAAAGAAGAGGGUCUACUAAGUACAGCCGUUCUAUUAGAUCGAGAAAGAAAAUCAAAAUAUUCACUGGUCGCCCACGUCCAAGAUAAAGAACAUGCCGAUUGGGAGUGUUUAUCAGAAAUAGAAAUAACCAUAUCCGAUUUAAAUGACAAUAGUCCUCAAUUUUCCAUUCCUUAUUAUUCCGUUUCCUUGCCGGAAGAUGCCGAAAUCGGAACUCUCGUGACCAAAAUCCACGCUACAGACAAAGACGUUGGUGUUAACAGGAAAAUAAGUUAUUACUUGUCUGAAUCAUCUGAUGACCACUUUAAGGUCGUUCCCAACACAGGAGUGGUGAUCUUAGCGAAAUCAUUGGAUCGCGAACUUCAAGCUAUGUAUAACGUAACAAUUGAAGCAAUAGAUCAAGGAGUCCCGCAGUUAUCAUCCAGAAUCAGUAUGAUCGUAAAUGUCCAGGACAUCAACGACAAUCCACCUGAGUUCACAAGAAAAUCCUAUUUUGCUUCCGUUCCGGAAAUAGACGCCGUCGGUACGGAAAUCGCGCGUGUAUUGGCAACGUCGAUAGACGCGGGAGUGAACGCGGAUGUUUAUUAUUCUAUCAUAGGCGGCAACGAACAUCGAAAAUUCAUUAUAAAUAAUCGCACCGGUGUGAUAACUAUUGCGGAAAUGUUGGACUACGAAAGAGCCAAAGAAUAUUUCCUAACGGUCCAAGCCAUCGAUGGCGGGAUUCCGCCUCUAAGUAAUGUUGCAACUGUAAACGUAACCGUGAUUGAUUGUAACGAUAACGCACCGGUGUUUAGUCAAAGUGCAUACAUGGCCAGAAUACGAGAAGACGCUUUGAUAAAUGAUAAAAUAGUCCAGGUAACUGCAACCGAUUUGGACAGUGGUGAAAAUGGCAAAAUCACCUAUUCAAUAAUCAGGGGGGACAAUCAUGGCCAGUUUGCAAUUGACCCUGAGACGGGUUACAUUUCGGUGGCCGAUCACUUAGAUCGGGAAACCAUUUCGAAUUAUGUGAUUGAGGUUCUUGCCAAAGAUGGUGGUUUGCCGGUUCUUUCCAAUCAGGUGUUGGUCACUAUUGAGAUAUCAGAUGCAAACGACAAUGCUCCAAUUUUUGUUCAAUCUAAUUAUACUGCAGUAGUACAGGAAGAUAAAUCCAUUGGCCAUCCGAUAUUAAAAUUUGUUGUAACUGACGCAGACUCUCCACCAAAUACUCAUCCAUAUACUUUUGAUUUCUUGAGCGGGAACGAGGGUAACUUUUUCCGAUUAGAACAGGAUGGAAUCCUAAGGACUGCAACUAAAUUCAAUUACAAAAUCAAAGACACUUAUUUCCUCCAAAUACGGGUUUUUGACAAUGGCACUCCACCUUUGUUUUCUGACACCUGGGUAGUUAUCAAAGUAAUUGAGGAAUCUCAGUAUCCCCCGAUUAUUACUCCUUUAGACAUAUAUGUUAAUUCUUAUCGAGAUGAUUAUCCCGGAGGAGUAAUUGGAAAAGUUGUGGCGAAUGAUCAAGACCAGUACGACAUCCUCACGUUUUCUUUGGCGCCCACAAUGGGAGUCAAUUAUCCGGCUCAUGAAUUAUUCCAAAUUCACCAAACAGACGGAACUCUUAUAGCUCUUCCGCGCUUAGAUGUCGGUGAUUAUCGCAUUAAUGUAACCGUUACCGAUGGCAAGUUUACUGCCCACACCAUUGUUAAAGUGAAUGUCGAAAUAAUAACGGAAACCAUGAUCGAAAACGCUGUCGCUGUAAGAUUUCGUCACGUCAGUCCGGAGUCCUUUAUUUUGAGUCACAAGAAAGGUUUCGUCAAAACCGUACAAACCACUAUGAAUUGUCACUCUAAAGAUGUCAUCAUUGUCAGUGUGCAGCCAUCAUCCGAUAUAUUGCAAGAUUUCCGAUCGAAACGGGAUUUGUUCCAAAGAGAUUUGGACGUGCUCUUUGCUGUUCGUAAAUCCGCGGAAGAGUUUUACACAUCAGAUUCGAUAAGAAAAGCAUUGAAUGGAAAAAUUGAAGAGUUAGAAGAAAGUACAAAACUUGUAGUGGACGAUAUAGCUGCAAUGAAAUGUUCCAAUUCUUUCUGUGUUCAUGGGGUUUGUCAGGACCGCUACAUUCUUCACGAAAAUGAUAUUGAACCAAUUGCUACAGAUGUGGUCAGCUUCGUGUCACCAAAACACCACAAGAAAGUCGAAUGUUUGUGUAAGGAAGGGUACGGAGGCGAAAAAUGCGAUGCAAUAGUCAACGAAUGUGCUAGAGAACCGUGUCCUGUUUACAAGAUAUGCUUCCCUGAUGCUUCUUUAGAAGGAUACACCUGUCAAUGUCCUGAGGGAUUUGCGGGAAACAGCUGCGAAGUCGAUAUAUCUAAGUGUCAUGACGAAACGUGCUACGUGGCCAGAAAUCCAAUAUCGUUUACCGGUAAAAGUUACUCCCAGUAUCGCAUAAUAAACAAGAAAUUAAUCGAAGAAGAACUCAGUCUAAGUUUACGAGUUCGCACCACUCAGCUCACUGGAAACUUAAUGUAUGCCGCUGGAAUAAUCGAUUAUAAUAUCUUGGAGAUAAUGAAUGGAGUAGUUCAGUACCGUUUUGACCUUGGAAGUGGUGAGGGCAUCGUUCGAGUAACAUCUCCAUACAUUUCUGAUGGUAAAUGGCACGAAAUUCACCUGGAACGCGAUCGAAAUACAGCUAAAAUAACAGUCGAUGGUGAUUAUAUGGCUCAAGGUUCGGCACCGGGAAUCAAUGACGUUCUCAACCUUCAGAAUGAUGAAAUGUAUCUCGGUGCAGAAGUGCAUCAGCAUCCAUCUAUCCUUGGUUUCGAAGAUGUCCAAAGAGGAUUCUACGGCUGCAUGGAUGACGUGCGCAUAUCACGUGUUUCAAUUCCCUUGCAUCAAUCGGGAGACAAUUCGAUAGCUGUGCUUAAACGAUUCGCAAACGUAAAAUUUAGUUGUGAAUCGUCCACUAUGCUUAUACCACCAGGUCCAUGUACAUCCCAACCUUGUCUAAAUGGUGGAACGUGUCGCGAAACGGCUACAGGAUUUGAAUGUAAAUGUCACUCGCGUUUCGCUGGCGUAUUAUGUGAGCUCGAUACCGAUCCUUGUGCGUCUGCGCCUUGUCUACAUGGUGGCGCUUGCUUAGCUGAAAUGGGGGGAGACUAUACUUGCGAUUGCGUACCACGGCUAACAGGUAAACGCUGUGAAUAUGGAAAGUAUUGUGUACCCAACCCUUGCAAACACGGAGGUGUAUGCGAAGAAGGAAAUGAUGGACCGCUAUGUAAAUGUCGGGGUUUUGCCGGCGAAUUCUGUCAGUUCGAUGUCGACGAGUGUGAGUCAUCGCCAUGUCAAAAUGGUGGUGUUUGUCAUAACGAAAUUGGCAGCUUUAAGUGCCUUUGUCCUCCAAAUACCACUGGUGUUUAUUGUAACCUGCUUACACGAUCCGAAUCAAUCUUGGCUAGUAUAUACAACAUAAAGUUGGAAUUCCUUAUAUACAUUGGUGUAGCUGCGCUUCUUUUAAUUUUGCUCAUAAUUACGUUAAUAGUUUGUGUUGUAAAGUUGAAAGGAAAACGAUCGCAAAGACAUCAGAACAUAAUAAACAAUGAAACAAGAAAAGAGCACCAUAAUAACAAACCUAACGAGGUAGCUGAAGUCAAACGAGGUUCGAAACUGAGUAAUUUAGAAGUCAAUCAAAGAGACGUGCCGAUUUGUUUACCUAGGCCUUUAUCGUAUACUCCUAGCUCACAAAUGGAGUCUCCUUAUGUUUGUAAUAAUGCAAUUUUGUUGAAUAAUUUGGAUACCCUGCGCAGCUACGGUUCGGCCGGAGAUGAACUUGAAGUCCCAGCCGAUUACGUGCGAAAUUUAAAUUCGCAACAGAAUUCGAUCGGAAAUCACACUGAAUUAAAGACCACGUGGGCCGAACAAAUGCAGUUGGCUAAUUCGUAUGAGAAACAAAAAAUUAAAAAUGAUUUAAAAUUAUCAAGCGGAUCUGCCAAUAGUGACGUUACCAGGUUAUAUGGAGGAAAAAGUAAUACAGUGCCUGUCAUUAGUAAAUUUAAUGGAUACCCCUCUGUAACUUCCACCUCAUCUGAAGAAGACCAAAGAACAGUUGGAAGUUACCACUGGGAUUGUUCGGACUGGGCGAGACAUAGUCAGACUUUACCAAACAUUACUGAGGUGCCGGGUAGCGAAGUUCCCGAUUCGUCCAGUUUUCACAGUAAUGAAAGUAAUGAGUCCCAGUCACUCCUUCACCAGUGCCAUUACUUGCCAGGAUCGCACUCGCAUCAAAAGCAUCGCAUUGACGAGCCGAGAAAUCGCGACCCUUUGAACGAAGACUUGGAGUCGGAAGAGUGUAUGGCCGAUAGCGAACUUGACGCAAGAGCAGCUAGUCCUAAUCUUAAUGCCCUUAAUAGUUGUAAUGAAGAAUUUCAAUUCACUUCAGGCAGCUUUGUGCGUCACCCUAAUUCGUAUUUACCGAUACAUGGAUAUAAUAUUCCUAGUGAGACCGAAGGCGACUGCCUUAAUAGUUUAAGUCCAGAUUCCGAUGACGUAGAACCCUAUGGUUUUCCUAGUAGUCGUGUAAGGAGGCCCAUUCGAGACGACGAAACCGAAUCAGUUAUUACAACAUUAGCUGAAGAAAGGCACUCACUUCUGGGUGGCUACCCGAGUAACAGUGAUCUUUCUGCAAAUCUGUGCGAACUAGAAGAUUCCGAAUGCGAAAGUGAACAAAAGCCGCUAAAUUACUUGCCACUUCAUCAGACUUCUGUUUGACGUAAACUCUUUCAUUCCAUUAAAAAAUUUUAUCGUCGUCCCGGUUAACGGACCUUCGUCAUAGUGGGUGCCGUUUUGACGUCAUCGUUGCAUUUAUUAGUUGUACGACACAUAGAUUAAGCACUAACUAAUAUCUAUUUAUUAAUAUUAAGAACAAGAAAAACUGACCAAUAAACAAAAUAAGUUUUUUAAAGAAAAGAAUAUAUUGUAAUACGAAUCCCAAUGGUUCGGUGUUAGCAUAUCAACUGAAUAAAUUCCGUAUAAUGUUAUGCGUAUUUUUUAUAUAGGAAAGAGUCUGUGAAGCGAAAUCAUUGGAGACAUUUUCUCAAUUUUUCUUUUUUGUUAUUUAUAAAUAAAGCGAAACAUUGUCUAAAGUGUAACUAAUUUUAUAUGAAAUUUAUUGUAUAACGUAAAAGACUUUAAUUAAACCUGAUAGUGCAAA